CAUCAAAUAGCACACCAAUUGCUUAUCUCGCCUUCAACCUUCCGGUGUUUGACCAUUUCCCUCCCACGCUCACGCUACCACCCCCGCGCCCCUUCCGCCGCCAUCGGAGCCGACGGACGCCAGCGGUAUGAAGCCAGCGCCUCGACCUCGUCCGCCGCCGCUUUCGGCCGACGAGCCCGACGCGCCGCCGAAGAAGCGGAAGCUGGAGGAGUUGGGGUUUCACGACUCGCCCUACUACAGGAUCAGAGAAGCCGUCGCCAGCCUCCGCGGCCGCUUCCUUCAGGUUUGCCAAGCUACUGAUUCCCAGAAGAAAGAUGCUGCUCUUGAGAUCCUGAAAGAGAUGAAAGUUGUCAUGGAAUUAUCCAAGAAAAUGCGGCUUGAUAUCUCUGCUGCUGCUGAGCCUGCUAAACCAUCAGACAUACCCGCAGUUAGAGAUGUCAAGAACAAACCUUCAGGGAAAGUUCCAUCUGGAGGGAAGAAUCAAGGACAGGAUACAGGCGAGAAGGUACCACUCAAGCCUGUAAGCUCGCAGACUCCUGCCGUGGGGAUCCAUCGAGAAGCCAAUCCAAGUGAGACGGCAAACCAGGGCAACCAGCUGCUGGGCGGGCGCUUGCAAGGGUCUUAUGUCGUUGGUGGAUCUCCCAUGGGCUGGAAUUUUCUCAUGUGGCCUGGAGGUAAAGCAGUCUACUAUGGCUUGACCAAACCAGAGUGGUUGGCUCGUCAAGCUGCAGAGUGAAAUCUCACUCUCGCGGAGGAUCUAACCUGUAGUUCGCUCUGAAAUAUUCAGAGGUAACCUAGUUGUUGCUAGUAGCCCGCUGUGAUGUAGUAACUGGACAGUAGUUCUUGGCACCUGAAGUCCAGGACAUGGUGAGGGUAUCAUCAGCGAGCAUCAUUUUGGAAAGCUUUUCACUGAAUCUACAGCGCGGUAACCGUUCACUAGUUACUAGUAGGCAUACCGUGAUUUUUCUUGUAUUUUGAACCGGUCAAGGCCGCUGCUCUUGUCAUGAUUUUGCAAGUUCAGGAAUGGGUACAGCAGGAAGUAGCUCAAGCACAUUGGCAGGAUCGAUGCAUUUUCUUCUUUAAGCAAGUCCAAAGGCAUAUGACGUCAUGUUUCUGUGAAUUGUGAUGGAGUUGACUGUUGUUGCAAA